UGUGAACAAUGAAUGGUAUUGAGAAAUGCAUUGAAGGAGAAAAAAAAAAUAGUGAAUAAAAAUGUGAAUGUGGCAGUUAUAGUUUGAUGUAAAAUAAAGUAUUAAACAAACCAAAAUGUAAUAAUAAUAAGAAGAUGAAGAAGAGCCCCACCAGCCACUCCUUCAAACGUGUCCUACCAACUCUCUUCUAGAAGCCAAUUAGGCUCACCUUCCACCUCCAACCUUCCCUCUCUCUCUCUCCAUAAAACCCUCAACAACAGAAUCAAAAGCAACAUCAUCAUCAUCUUCAUCUUCAUCUUCAUCUUCACAAGAAGAAGAAGAAAGCUAUGGGGAGGUCUCCUUGUUGUGAGAAAGAACACAUGAACAAAGGUGCUUGGACUAAAGAAGAAGACGAGAGACUUGUCUCUUACAUCAAGUCUCAUGGCGAAGGCUGUUGGAGAUCUCUUCCUAGAGCUGCUGGUCUCCUCCGUUGUGGUAAAAGCUGUCGUCUCAGGUGGAUUAACUAUCUUCGACCUGAUCUCAAAAGAGGAAACUUCACACGUGAUGAAGAUGAACUUAUUAUUAAGCUUCAUAGUCUCCUUGGCAACAAGUGGUCUUUAAUUGCGGCGAGAUUACCUGGAAGAACAGAUAACGAGAUCAAGAAUUACUGGAACACACAUAUAAAGAGGAAGCUUUUGAGUAAAGGGAUCGAUCCAUCUACUCAUAGAGCGAUCAACGAGGCGAAAACAGAGGAAAAAUUUGUAAAAGAUGUUUCUUUUGUGUCUAAGUUUGAGAAAACAGAAAAGUCCGAGGACCAGAAGCAAAGUAGAAAGAAUCUAAAUGGUUUAUCUUGUAAAGAAGAGAUCGUUGAGUACUACCCAGUUGUUGUUGAAGAAGAAAUGUGCACAGAUUUGAAUCUUGAGCUUAAGAUCAGUCCACCAUGGCAAAAGCAAAACCAUAAAGAAAGAUCUCCUUACACUGCGUCACGUUUUUACAUGGAAAACGGCACGGAGUGUAGUAGUGAAACUGCGAAAUGUCAGACAGAGGAUAGUAGUAGCAUAAGCUAUUCUUCUUCUUCAGUUGAUAUUAGUAGUAGUAUUGGUGUUGGUUAUGACUUCUUGGGUUUGAAGACAAGAGUUUUGGAUUUUCGAAGCUUGGAGAUGAAAUAAAUGAAUAGAGAAUGAUAAUUUUUUACUUUUUUACUUCCAUCUUUGUUUUAUCUUAUCUCCCAACUCUUGUAUAUUAACUUGAAAUUUUCAAAAAUCAGAUUUAUUGUCUCAUUUGUUAAUGCAAUCCUAUAAACUUAGUUUGAGUUUGA